AUGGUUAGCUCUGAUGAUCUGACGAUCAAGAAACCUCGGACCUCUCAUCCAAGGAGACCUAAGGAAUGUGUUCGUUCCAAGGCAACAAAGUCUUCAUCGUCCACUCCUCAUGAGGAUUUAACCAAGGAAGGAUCAAGGUAUGUUCACAAUGCCAUUGCUAAAAUUGUCAGUCGUAUCUUGGAUGAACAACAUCAAGUCCCUGGGAUAUCCGUCCCUCUGAACUCUAUAAUUCCUGAUCCUCCAAAAGAUUUCGGUGUGAAUCAAGAUGGUAGUACUCUGAAGGAGACUGAAGAUGUUUCUGAAGAUGAUGACAAUGUCCCUGACCAUGUCCCUGACAAUGUUCCUGACAAAGUCAAUAAUACUGAUGCUGAAGGAUGUGAUGGUGAUGUUGGUAAUGUUGGUGGUGGUACAGGUGCUUCUGGUACAAGUGUUAUUGAGUGUGUUGUGGAGGUUGACAACAUGUCUGAUGAUGAGCGGAUUACCUCUGUUAGUCCAAGCAUAGCCACGAGACUUGUGACAAGAAGGAAAGGGAAGGGAGUCAUGCAUAGUUAUCCUAAGAAGAAAAUUGUUGUGAAUAGUCUUGUCAAGAAGAAGAAUAUGGUUGGAAGUCCUGUCAAAAGGAAGGCUGUGCCCAAAAGCACAACCUGUGGGCCCACAAAACCUUGGAGCAAAGUUAUGCCUAAGAAGAGGAAGGUUGUUUUUCUUAAUGAGACUGAUUAUGAUGUCCCAAGCAAUGUCCCAGACAUCCCCCGCAUGAAGAAACCCUCUUUCAGCAAGCUGGCUGCAAGUGUUCCAGAUGUUCCCAUUGAUAAUAUAUCCUUUCACUUACCCUCAAAUGUGAACAGGUGGAAGUAUGUGUUCCAAAAAAAGGUUGGCCCUAGAAAGGGAACUUGCAAAGAAUGUGUUGGAGUGUAA